UACACUGUCCUCUUUCUUCCUCUCUAGAUGGGAAAUUUUCGGUUUCCGGUGAUGCUUUUGCUUUCGGUUUUUGUUGGUUCUUUCUCAGUUGCAUCGGCCGGUGAUUUCCAUCAAGAGUUUGAUCUGACAUGGGGUGAUCAACGUGCUCAGAUUCUCAAUGGUGGAGAGCUUCUUACACUCGAUCUCGAUAAGGCCUCUGGCUCGGGUUUCAGGUCUAAAAGAGAGUAUCUUUUCGGAAGAAUCGAUAUGCAGAUCAAGCUUGUCGCCGGGAACUCUGCCGGCACCGUUACUGCUUUCUACUUAUCUUCCGAAGGGCCAAACCAUGAUGAGAUAGACUUUGAAUUCUUGGGUAACUUGAGUGGGGACCCUUAUAUUGUGCACACUAAUGUUUACUGCCAAGGCAAAGGUGACAGGGAACAACAAUUCUACCUAUGGUUCGACCCGACCCAGCAUUUCCACACCUACUCGAUCGUUUGGAACCAGCAUCGGAUUAUUUUCCUGGUAGAUAACAUACCAAUCAGAGUAUUCAACAAUGAAGAAUCCAUUGGAGUUCCCUUCCCCAGAAACCAGCCCAUGAGCAUAUACUCGAGCCUGUGGGACGCAGAUGACUGGGCAACGAGAGGAGGGCUGGUGAAAACGGAUUGGUCCAAGGCUCCUUUCACGGCUUACUAUCGGAAUUUCAAAGCGAAUGCAUGUACAUGGUCGAAUGGCAAAUCUGAUUGUGCUUCGCAAGUACUGAACGCUGCCAGAAACAAUGUUUGGCAAACUCAAGCACUGGAUGCAAGUGGCAGAAGGCGACUCAGAUGGGUGCAAAGGUAUUUCAUGGUGUACAAUUAUUGUGCCGAUUUGAAGCGAUUUCCACAGGGUCGACCCCGUGAGUGUAGACGUUCUAGGUUCCUCUAGCAGCAAAAAUAUAUUUCUUGAGUCGAAUAAAUCAUCGAUAAUGUUAAU